UCUGAUUAAGGUUUGAGAGAUAACCGAUGUUGGCAAAAGGGCAAAUCAUACGGACAUUAAGUAGAACCAUGGCGUUUGUCGCCAUAUGUGCGUUUGCGUUCAUAUUAACGGGAGCUUUUGGGAGACCAACCGACCCCCCGAUCAAACCCGAUACAAAAGUCGUAGAGAAGGAAACAGUGCAGGUAGACAUCAGUGAGUUUGGCAAAGGAGAAUGGGCUCUCCCAAUGUCAGGUGCCAACCCGGAGGAAAUGUCAGGACGAUUCGAAGGAGACAUAGACAUGCAAGAGAAAGAGGUCAUGAAAAUGUUUAAGCUGCGAAAUGCAAUGAGUUCCCAGAGAACAAAAUGGCCAAAUGGUGUCGUGGCCUAUGUCAUUAGCACGAGUUACCCGGCCAGUGUGGCCACCACUAUACAGCAAGCCAUGCAGGAAAUUACCACCAAGACUGGCGGCUGUAUUCGCUUUGAGCCAAAGACUACCCACACCGACUAUGUGCAUAUUCAACCUAAAUCUGGUUGCUACUCUACAGUGGGUCGAGCCGGAGGGGAGCAGUUGGUCUCGAUAGGGCGUGGAUGUGAGAGGAAGGGGACCAUCAUGCACGAGCUCCUGCAUGCCUUAGGCUUCUUCCACGAGCAGAGUCGCUCAGACCGUGACCAGUACGUCACCAUAGAUUACAGCAACAUUCAGAGCGGCAAGGACGGCAACUUCCAGAAGUACGACUCCUCCCAGACGGUGAACUACGCCCGUUAUGACUAUGGGUCUGUGAUGCAUUACUCGGCCUACUCGUUCGCCCAGGACCGCAGCAAGCCGACCAUUAUCCCGCGGGACCAGUCCAUGCUGUCGGUGAUGGGUCAGAGAGUGAGGCUGUCUGAGAUCGACGUCUUGGAGGUGCUCUCCCGCUACGGCUGCCAGAACAGUCAACAGGGACAGACUUUAAGACCGACGCAGCCUCCCACACAGCCGCCCACCUUACCCCCCAAUGUGGUGCCUACCCCCAUGCCAGUCGUCCCAGUUAUCACCAACCCUCCGCCUGUCACUAACAAUAUACUGUUCUACUGUACUUUCGACGAGGGGACUCUGUGCGGUUGGGAAGUGGACACGUCGGUGCCCCACCAGUGGUACCUGCGUUCUGGUUCUACCCCCAGCUAUAACACGGGACCGUCCUCAGACUUAAGUGCCUCUGGCCAAGCGGCCAGUGUGGCCACCACUAUACAGCAAGCCAUGCAGGAAAUUACCACCAAGACUGGCGGCUGUAUUCGCUUUGAGCCAAAGACUACCCACACUGACUAUGUGCACAUUCAACCUAAAUCUGGUUGCUACUCUACAGUGGGUCGAGCCGGAGGGGAGCAGUUGGUCUCGAUAGGGCGUGGCUGCGAGAGGAAGGGGACCAUCAUGCACGAGCUCCUGCACGCCUUAGGCUUCUUCCACGAGCAGAGCCGCUCAGACCGUGACCAGUACGUCACCAUAGAUUACAGCAACAUUCAGAGCGGCAAGGACGGCAACUUCCAGAAGUACGACUCCUCCCAGACGGUGAACUACGCCCGUUAUGACUAUGGGUCUGUGAUGCAUUACUCGGCCUACUCGUUCGCCCAGGACCGCAGCAAGCCGACCAUUAUUCCGCGGGACCAGUCCAUGCUGUCGGUGAUGGGACAGAGAGUGAGGCUGUCUGAGAUCGACGUCCUGGAGGUGCUCUCCCGCUACGGCUGCCAGAACAGUCAACAGGGACAGACGUUGAGACCGACGCAGCCCCCCACGCAGCCGCCCACCUUACCCCCCAAUGUGGUGCCUACCCCCAUGCCUAUCGUCCCAGUUAUCACCAACCCUCCGCCUGUCACUAACAAUAUACUAUUCUACUGUACGUUCGACGAGGGGACUCUGUGCGGUUGGGAAGUGGACACGUCGGUGCCCCACCAGUGGUACCUGCGUUCUGGUUCUACCCCCAGCUACAACACGGGACCGUCCUCAGACUUAAGUGCCUCUGGCCAAGGAUACUACAUGUACUUGGAAGCCUCUGGAUAUUACAACCUGAAAGCCCGAAUCAUCUCUCCGUACAUAACGGCCACUAACGGAGAAUACUGUGUCGACUUCUACUACCAUAUGUACGGUGACUACAUGGGCACCAUGAAUAUCGGGGUGAGGUAUGACUACAACACGUACCCCGUCUGGCAGAAAUGGGGAGAUCAGGGCAAUAUGUGGCGCCGUAUGCGGCUCACGGCAAGAGUCAGCGGCUAUGGUACUUACAAUCUGUACAUUGAGGGUGAAGUUGGGCGAAGUCAUACCAGCGACAUGGCUAUUGACAACUUGGUGGUCUACCAGGGGGCGUGCUAAAGGAACGCCAGCACGUGGGAGACUACAUAAUUAAUGUGUGCCACUGAUGUGUGAAAUUUUACCAUGAUAUUGUGAUUCAGAAUAUAUGUUGACAAAAAUGAACUCGGCAUUAUAUAGAUUUAAAUCAUCUGAUUAUACCACGCUCCACGAUCCCAUCGAAUAAGAUGACAAACAGUAAUUAUAGUUUGUAUCGGAGAGAACUUCGCAACAAAAUCUAGAAAACGGUCAUUAUUUGGAUUAUAUUCUAUCGUAAUUUUAAAUGUUUCCGGUAUUGAUACGCAAAUACAAUGUUAAGUCCGAGAAAAUGUAUGAAUUGUUAUCCAUUACUGAUAUGAUUUGUUUA